UGUUCCGGUCCAGGAUUUUGAGCGCGGCGUUAGAGCAGAGUCCAGUCCCAGGAUUUUUCUUCAGGAGAGCGAGGCGCCCGACUGGUCAAUAUCUUCUAGAAAGACGCUUGGACUUCCUCAGAAGGAGCAGGAGAAAAUGACCAAGUUCCAGGAGGCUGUGACGUUCAAGGACGUGGCUGUGGUCUUCACAGAGGAGGAGCUGGGGCUGCUGGACCCUUCCCAGAGGAUGCUGUACCGAGAUGUGACCCUGGAGAACCUCAGGAACCUGGUGUCUGUGGGACACUGGAACCAAAAUAAGAUAGAAAGUCUUCAUGAAGUUGCAUUGAGUUACCUUUUACUUGAAAACCUUGUGUGCUGGAGAAUAUGGGAACAACUUCUGAGUAAGUUAACCCGAAGUCAAGAUUUGAUAAUAAACCUGCGAAGCAAGGUUUUGGAUUUGCAAAAAGAAGGUGAUUCCUUCUGUCACUUGUGCACAGGAGAAUAUACUCAGGACUCCGGAGAUGAGAAAUAUAUAAUAAAGCUCCAAGGGGAAGUUCAGUGUUUCAAUAGUAUAAGAAACGAAGAGUUUCCCAUGAAGACCAUCCAAAAUUGCCCAAAGAAAAUGUAUCUGAGAGAGUCACAGAAUGAUCAGAGUAGGUGUCAGGAAGGUGACGGCAGUUGUAAAGUGUGCAAGUGUGAGCACUGUGUUGGGAGAUGGAUCUCUGGUCUCCACAGUGAUAAUCAGGAAUUGUGGGAAGGUGAGACUUCUUAUGGCCAUAAGAAUUGUGGGAAAGACUUCAUGCAGGAAUCAUUCCAGCAUACUGUCGUUCACUCAGAAGAGCACACCUCUUCCAGAAAUGGAAAAGGCAUCAGCCUUAGCCCCAGACUUGAGCUUCAUCAGCAAUUGCACCUGGAAGCAAAACCUCACAUACAUAGUGAGUUUGGGGAGAGUGAGAGUUCUACAUCGGAGCUCUGCAGUCAUCAAAGUGUUCACACAGAAGAGAAAUACAAAAGGAGUGAUGAAUGUGAUGAGGACGUCAGUCAUAGUUCACAUCAGCAAAUUGAUCGGCGAAGCCACAUUGGGGAGAAACACUACAAAUAUGCCCUUUAUGGGAAAAGCAUCAGUUACAGUUUAUAUCUUCAAUAUCAUCAGCGAGUUCACAGUGGACAGGAACUUUACCAAUGUACCAUUUGUGGCAAGAGUUGCAAUUGUGUGUGCAGUCCUCAGGCUUAUCAGCGAAUCCACACUGGAGAGAAGAUCAACAAAUGUGCUCAGUGUGGGAAGAGCUUCAGUCGGAAAUCAAACCUUCAAGUUCACCAGCGAGUCCACACUGGAGAGAAACCCUACAGAUGUGCUGUGUGCGGGAAGAGCUUCAGUCAGAACACUAAUCUUCAAGCUCAUCAGCAAGUCCACACUGGAGAGAAACCCUACAAAUGUACUGUGUGUGGGAAGAACUUCAAACGUAAUUCAUACCUUCAAGUUCAUCAGCGAAACCACACUGCAGAGAAACCCUGCAAAUGUGGUGUAUGUGGGAAGAGCUUCCGUCAGAACUCUAGUCUUCAAGCUCAUCAGCGAGUGCACACUGGAGAGAAACCCUACAAAUGUGCAGUGUGUGGGAAGAGCUUCAAUCGGAGUUCAUACCUUCAAGUUCAUCACCGAAAGCACAUUGGAGAGAAAUGCUACAAAUGUGCCGUGUGUGGGAAAAGCUUCAAUCAUUCCUCCAAACUUCAAUAUCAUCAGCGAAUGCACAGUGGAGAGAAAAUCAACAAAUGUUCUGAGUGUGGGAAGAGCUUCAGUUAUACCUCCACUCUUCAAGUUCAUAUGCGAGUUCACACUGGAGAGAAACCGUACAAAUGUGUUGUGUGUGGGAAAAGUUUCAGUCAGAGUUCACAUCUUCAAGUUCAUCAGCGAGUUCACACUGGAGUAAAACCCUACAAAUGUGCUGUGUGUGGGAAGAGCUUCAGUCACACCUCCAGUCUUCAUACUCAUCAGCGAGUCCACACAGGAGAGAAACCCUACAAAUGUGCAGUGUGUGGGAAGAGCUUCAGUAGGCGUUCAUGUCUUAAAGUUCAUCAACGAGUUCACACUGGAGAGAAACCCUACAAAUGUUCUGUGUGUGGGAAGAGCUUCAGUCAUACCUUCAGUCUUCAUUCCCAUCAGCGAGUUCACACUGGAGAGAAACCCCACAAAUGUGCUGUGUGUGGGAAGAGCUUCGGUCACACCUCCAGUCUUCAUGCUCAUCAGCGAGUUCACACUGGAGAGAAACCCCACAAAUGUGCUGUGUGUGGUAAGACCUUCAGUCGGAGUUCAAAACUUCAAGUUCAUCAGCGAGUCCACACUGGAGAGAAACCCUACAAAUGUGGUGUGUGUGGGAGGAGCUUCAGUCAGAACACUAAUCUUCAAGCUCAUCAGCGAGUGCACACUGGAGAGAAACCCUACAAAUGUGUUGAGUGUGGGAAGAGCUUCGCUUAUACCUCCACUCUUCAAAUUCAUAUGCGGGUUCACACUGGAGAGAAACCCUACAAAUGUACUGUGUGUGGGAAGAGCUUCAGUCGGAGUUCACAUCUUCAAGAUCAUCAGCGAGUGCACACUGGAGAGAAACCCUAUAAAUGUGGCGUAUGUGGGAAGAGUUUUACAUUCUGUAAUGAUCUUCAAGUUCAUCAGCGAGUCCACACUGGAGAGAAACCCUACAAAUGUGCUGUGUGUGGGAAGACCUUCAGUAGGCGUUCACAUCUUCAGAAUCAUAACCGUCUUCACACUGGAGACAAACCCUACAAAUGUUCUGUGUGUGGGAAGAGCUUCAGUCGGAGUUCAGAUCUUAAAGUUCAUCAGCGAAUUCACACUGGAGAGAAACCCUACAAAUGUGCUGUGUGUGGGAAGAGCUUCACUCAGAUCUCUGGUUUUCAAGCUCAUCAGCGAGUGCACACUGGAGAGAAACCCUACAAAUGUGCUGUGUGUGGGAAGGGCUUCAGUCGGACCUCCAGUCUUCAAGCUCAUCACCGAGUUCACACUGGACAGGAAGCUUACAAAUGUGCCAUGUGUGGGAAGAGUUUCAGUCACAUGUCCAGUCUUCAGGCUCAUCAGUGCAUCCACACUGGAGAGAAACCCUAUAAAUGUGGUGUAUGUGGGAAGAGUUUUACAUGCUGUAAUGAUCUUCAAGAUCAUCAGCGAGUCCACACUGGAGAGAAACCCUACAAAUGUGCUGUGUGUGGGAAGACCUUCAGUAGGCGUUCACAUCUUCAGAAUCAUAACCGUCUUCACACUGGAGAGAAACCCUACAAAUGUUCUGUGUGUGGGAAGAGCUUCCGUCGGAGUACAGAUCUUAAAGUUCAUCAGCGAAUUCACACUGGAGAGAAACCCUACAAAUGUGCCGUGUGUGGGAAGAGCUUCAGUCAGACCUCUGGUCUUCAAGCUCAUCAACGAGUCCAUACUGCAGAGAAACCCCACAAAUGUGCUGUGUGUGGGAAGAGCUUCAGUCAGACCUCUGGUCUUCAAGCUCAUCAACGAGUCCAUACUGCAGAGAAACCCUACAAAUGUGCUGUGUGUGGAAACAGGUUCAGUCACAGCUCUGGACUUAAAGUUCAUCAGCGAAUACACACUGGACAGAAACCGUGUAAAUGCGAUUUGUGUGGGAUGAGCUUCAUUCGUAUGUCCAGUCUUCAAGCACAUCAGGGAUUCCACACAGGGGAGAAACCCUACAAAUGUGCUGUUUGUGGGAAUAGCUUCAGACAGAGUUCAUAUCUUCAAGUUCAUCAGCGGGUCCACACUGGAGAGAAACUCUACAAAUGUGCUGUGUGUGGGAAGAGCUUCUGUCGGAAUUCAGAUUUUAAAGUUCAUCAGAGAGUCCACACUGGUGAGAAACCCUACAAAUGUUCUGUGUGUGGGAAGAGUUUCAGUCGGAGUUCAUAUCUUAAAGUUCAUCACCGGGUUCACACUGGAGAGAAACCCUUCAAAUGUGCUGUGUGUGGAAACAGCUUCAUGAGGAAUUCAGAUCUUAAACUUCAUCACCAAGUUCACACCGGAGAAAAAGUCUACAAACGUGCUAUUUGGGAAGAGCUUCAGUCAGAGUUCACAUCUUAAUGUUCAUCAGUGUGUCCACACUAGAAAGAAACCCUGCAAAUGGGUUUUGUUUGGUAAGAUCUUCAGUUGGACCUUAGGACUGCAAGCUCUUCAGGUCAUCCACAUAUAGCAAAACUGUGUAAGUGUAGCAUAUCUGGUAAAAUCUUCAGCCAGAUUUCAAGUCUUCAAGCUGAUCAUAGAGUCCACAUUAGGCAGAAACUCUACAAAUGUUUUACUUACAGUACAGCCUUUAGUAAGAAUUUGCGGUUGUAGGUGCAUGAGAGAGUACACAAUACUGGUUAGCUCAUCACACCUGAUUGGUGUGUGAUAAAAGUGUUCUUCAGAGCUUAGACUUCAUUCAUCAGAAAAAGUGCACAGCUGAUAAGUGUCUGUAAAGUGUUGUGUGUUAAGAAUUCAGCAUGAGGUUAGUUUUCUAUCUAGUAGAAAAAAACCUACUUGUUUCAUGAAUGUUGACACUAUUCCAGCUGACUUCAAAUGUGACAAUUCUUCACAGCAGACUGCCAGCCAAGAUAGAGGCACAGGUAGACACACUGUGCCUUCUUGCAGAACCAAAAGAAGGACAACAACAAUUUAAAAACAAAAACAGGGAGAACUGACAGAAAAUCAAAUUGUGUGGCAAUCUGACAACCAAGGAGUUAAAGAAGACAUUCACCAGAGCAGUAGGAGAAGUAGAGAUAGGCAGCUGGAUAGCAGAGGACUCUGGACAAGGAGGCAGCGAGCACACCAGGAUGGGCAAGGCAGUGGCUGGCACAACCAGGUGGUCCCACAUUCAUGUGCAGAUAAACCAGGCGAAACAAAGGGGGAAUGGGAACUCCCAGCCUCAUAGCAAAGUUUGUUGGAGAGACCCACAGGAUCCUAAAACGUAUACAAACCCACCCACAUAGGAAUCAGCACCACAGGAGCCCACUUUUCUUGUGGGACGCGGGGCAAGUGACUGAAAUUCAGCAGAGACCGGAGCAGGCGCCGUUGUUCCCAGUGAUCCGAGUUACCCUGCUCUGGUAAACACCUAAAGCUCCACCCCUCACUAUGUAACAGGUAGGUCAAGACAAAAAAGGUCCAAAUGAAACAACAGAUGAAAGCUUCAGAAAAAAAAUAUAACCAAGCCACAAAGAGGUAGCCAACCUAUCAGAUGCACAGAUCAAAACACUGGUAAUAAGGAUGCCCACAGGAUUGGUUGAUUUUGGUCCCGAGUUAGAUGAAAAAAUGAAGGCUAUGCUAAGUGAAAUAAAGGAAAAUCUACAGGGAACCAAUAGUAAUGAGAAGGAAACUGGGACUGAAAUAAACUGUGUGGACCAGAAGGAAGAAAGAAGUAUGCCACCAGAAAAUGAAGAAACAAGAAUUCAAAAAUGAGAGGCUUAGGAACCUCCAGGACACCUUUAAACCUUCCAACAUCCAAAUUAUAGGGGUGCCAGAAGGAGAAGAAGAAGAGCAAGAAAUUGAAAACUUAUCUGAACAAAUAAUGAAGGAUAACUUUUCCAUCUGGCAAAGGAAAGAGAUUCUAGGAAGCCCAGAGAGUCCCAAAGAAGUUGGACCUAAGGAGGAACCCACCAAGGCACAUAAUAAUUAUAUUACCCAAGAAUUAAAAUAAGAGAAUCUCGGAAGCAGCAAGAGAAAAGAAGACAGUUACCUACAAAGGAGUUCCCAUAAGGCUAUCAGCUGAUUUUUGAAAAGAGACCUUACAGGCAAGAAGGGACUAGAAAGAAGUAUUCCAAGUUAUGAAAGGCAGGGAUCUACCUGCAACAUUGCUCAGUCCAGCAAAGCUUUCAUUUAGAAUGGAAGGACAGAUAAAGUGCUUCUCGGAUAAGAUCAAGUUAAAGGAGUUCAUCAUCACCAAGCCCUUAUUUUGUGAAAUAUUAAAGAGAUUUAUUUAAGAGAAAGAAAGAAAAAAUAUGUACAGUAAAAUGGCAAACUCACAGUUAUUAACAACCAUACAUAAAUUAACUAAGCAAACAAAUAGAACAGGAACAGAACCACAGAAAAGGAGACACAUGGAAUGUUAUCAACAGGGGAGUUGGAGGAAGAGAGAGGGGGAAAGGGUACAGAGAAUAAGUAUCAUAGAUGGUAGGUAGAAAAUAGGGGGAGGGUAAGAAUAGUAUCAGAAAGGUAGAAGCCAAAGAACUUAUGACACGUGGACAUGGACUAAAGAGGGGAAAUGUGGGUGGGAGGGGGU